AUGGCCGCCACGGUGCCGCCGCCGGGCGGCGUCCUGCGCUGGGCCUGGGUGCUGUAUCGAGGAGAGCGGCUCUGGCAUCAACGGAGAGUCUGGGGCAGAUUGGCGAGUCCAGCAGCGGGGAGCAGUGAUCCGAUGGACCUGCUGAUCUCGAGCGCCGACCACGACGUGUACGAGGAGCGGUACGGUCAGGGGAAUCCAGACAUAGUCGCCGUGGUCUUCAGCCCGACGCGCCAGGCGCUGCAGGGUGUGGACCCGAAUCUGCUGUACAGGUUCAGGCGUGAGCCGAACGCGAGAGAGACGGUCGCUAUCCAGGACGCUCUCGUGCAGGUAGCCGACCAGCUGUACUUGGACCGCGAGCGCGCUGCUGGCAGGCCGCGCACGUUUCCUGCUGGUGGCUCAUACCUGGAGUUCGACUUCACCGCAGCCGCCCCUGGACCAGGCGUUCCUGGCGCAGGCCCCGCCGCUCACGCGCCCGCGGCUGGAGCCGCCGCCGGAGCAGCGCCUGCCGCGCCUCUGGUGAGCGUGGCCGGGGCCGGCGCCGUCGCCGCCCCUGCUGCAGUGUGGGUGCUCCUCGAGAGCACGGGUGGUGGCAGUCGUGGCGAUGUUGUCCAGCUCAACGGGACCGCCAUUCGUCAGGCACAGCUGUACGAGUACAUCUACUCCAUGGAGUUCGAGGCGCAGCAGUCGAAGGGUUCCAAGGACGGCAACGAGGGCGACGGCAAGAAGAGGGGCCGAGGUCGGGGAGGAGGGCUCCAUCGAUUCGGCAUCGUGGACGAGGCGGCGGUGUUCACAGGGGCGGCCAAGGAGGAUGGCCGUUCCAUGAUAUGCCCGCUGCUGCUGGAGCAUGUCUCCAAACAGGUGGAGCGCGACGCAGGGAUCCUGAAGCAGAUCAGGUUUCGGAAAGCCCGUGAAGAGCCGACGCGGACGGCUCUCGGGUACCCCUCGCCCGAGAGUCAGCCAGGCCGAGAGAGGGGGCGCCCGUGGGCCUCGCGGGUGCAGCAGAUCUACCUGUACAUGAGGCUCCCCACUCCAGCGCCGACCUUCGCCAACAAGCGGUCGCACGUUCACGGCAUGGUCGAGGAGAUGACCGUCGCGCUGAACGAACUGCGGGGCUGCCCGCCUGCGGCGCGCCGUCAAGCGCCCGCAGGCACGCCGGUGCCAGCCGCUGGCCGCGCCCUCGUCCUCUCGGAGCUCCGCCAGGCCGCUUUGAGGUUUGGCCCGUGCCCAGAGGGCUCGGACGGUCCAGGGGCCCUCGAGGAGCUCCGGAUAUCUCAAUCAUACGAGGGUGACGCCACGUUGGUUGCCCCGGUGAGCUUCGACCUCGUCGACUCCAUCUCAUUGCCUCCUGCUGGCAGCCUACCCGCCGCCCUGAAGACUAUCGACGAGAUGGCAGGCCAGAACAUCGCUCACCGGCUGAAAGAGUUACUCCUGCCCCGACAGCUGGGGAUGGAGCGCAUCAAGGAGGCAGGUCCGAGACGACUCUACACGGACCCUGCCCUUCGCAACCCGCGCCUCUACGCGAUGGUGGUGCGGCGGCUUAUGAACGCUUGGCUGCUGACCUGGUGCCGCGCGCUGCUGCCCCUGUGCUUCCGAGACGCCGGGCGGCCUCUGUCGCCUGUCGUGUCUUGCGUGGACGCCUCGUGGUGGGGCGCAGGAGUGACAGAGAAGACCAUCACCUCGGAUCAAGCUCGUCGUCUGUCUAUCUUCAACGAGCGAUGGAGGUUCAGUCGUGAUGGCGAGAAACAGGUCGCCCCUCGGGACAAGGCCCUAGCCCUGGAGCGCAAGCAAGCUGAGCGUAUCACCUCGUCAUGCAUCAAGCAAGCCUCGUCGGAACCCAGUCGCGAUCCAGCAGUCAUAGCAGCAGUUAUGGAGCAGCAGGUCCCGUUCCGAGUCGAGCCGAAGCCGAAUCAGGAGGAGGAGGUCACGUUCGAGGAGGUGCCAGAGGAGCGGGCCUCGGGGAGGAUGGCGGCGCCUCUGUCGAUGUCGGCCCUCGGCUUCAUGGCGGCCCCUGCUGUGCCGGCGACGCGGGCUCGCAAGAGGCCGGCAGCGGCCCUGGGUGUUGCGGGCACUCACCAGUUGCAGCGCAGGCCGCGUGCGGCGCCGGGGGCUUCAGCGCGCCCGGCCGAGAGCGACCGCCGGGCAGUCCGUCGGCAGGAGAGGGCGAGCCGCUUCCCUUCCCUCCCGGCUUCGGCCCCCCGCCGGGGCUUGACCUUCCUGGAGGAGCAGUCGGUGGGGGACGCGACCAGGGCAGACUACCAGCGUCGACAGGCCGCCUUCAGCCUGUGGGCCUGCCAGCGGGGACAUUCGCUGGUGACGCCGGCAGAGGUGGACAAGGCGCUGGCGCUGUUCUUCCACGAGGAGUUCCUGGACGGGUGCGAGAGCAGCGACGCGUGGAAGCUGAUGGCGGCCCUCGCCUUCGCGCGGUCGGACCUCGGGCCGCGCCAGGGGCGCCUGCCGCGGGCGGCGCGGGCAGCCAAGGGCUGGUCUCGCCUGGCGCCGCCUCGAUCGCGGCUGCCGCUCCCGUGGCCUGUGGUGUGCCUCAUCGUGGAGACCCUGUGCCGCAGGGGCCUGGUGGUGUACGCGUGGCUCACCGCGCUCACGUUCGGCCUUUACCUGAGGCCGCGCGAGGCGCUCGAUCUCGUGCAGUCGCAGCUCAUCCCGCCAGGGUUUACCACGGCCACGGCGAUGCACCACUGGUGCGUGGUCCUCCACCUGUUCGAGAGGCAGACCCCGUCCAAGACAGGCGUGUUCGACGAGAGCCUGCUGGUGGACUCAAGCUGCUUCCCGUGGAUGCCAAGCCUCGUGCAGGAGCUGCACCGCCGCACGCCCGCUGGCCACCGCCUGUUUCCCGUGACCUACGCGCAGUGGAACUACCACUUCAAGGCCGUCGUUGCCGAGCUCGGCCUGCAGGUCUUGGGGAACUUGACGCUGCACCAGCUGCGGCACGGCGGCGCAAGCCACGAGCUGCACGCGGCGGCGCGGCCUCUGCGCGACAUCCAGAAGCGCGGCAGGUGGGCGACCGACGCCGCUCUCCGGCGCUACGCCAAGGGCGGUCGGGUGCAGGAGCAGCUUCACCGGCUGCCGCGCGCCCUGCUGCUCCGUGCCGAGCAGGCGUUCCGCGGGCGCUCCAAGGCGGGCGUCUUCUUGGAGGUCUUCAGCGGCUCUGGGCGGAUGUCGGCGGCGUGGCGCUUGCGGUUCCGUUCGCAGCAUGCCGCCUUCGAACUGGACAUCCGCCACGACGCCGACGGUGAUCUCCUCCUCAGGCGGAUCAGGCAGCAGGUUCGAGGCUGGGUGCGGAGUCGGCUCAUCGUCGCGAUCUGGAUUGCGACGCCCUGUCAUUCCAUGAGCCGCGCCCGCAACCGCCCCAACGGGCCACCGCCCUUGCGGACGAGAUUUUUCCCGCUAGGGCUGCCAGGCCUGUCGCCAGGAGAUCAGCUCAAGGUCGAGAGAGGAAACGCGCUUGCCACUUUCAGCUUCUCUCUCUUUUUGCUCGCCCGCAGUUUGAACAUGCCAGUUGUGAUUGAGAAUCCUAGCACGUCUUGGCUGUGGCAGCUUCCAGGUGCGCUCAGUCUCAUUCGAAUUCGUAACACUCGCAUGGUGGACUUUGAUUUCUGUGCGUUCUCGACCCCUUGGCGCAAACGCACUCGGCUGCUGUAUUGCCAUCUCAACCUCGACCCGCUCAUCCCUUGUAAAAGCUCAGGCUGGGCCUCCAUCUUCUUGCGACCGACGCCAGAGCGGGUCGACUCAUCCGCCCUGCAGGCGGGAGGGGUGGAGCCGCCAGCCCCCGAGUGCGAGGAGUGCCUGGAGGUGAUGAUAAUUGGCAUCAGCGCCGAUGGCCCGGCCGAGGUGACUUUGCUCACAGCCGACCAGGAUCAUUACCAGUUCAACAUUUCGCCCCUGGACGAUGUGGAGGCUGUGUACUCGAUUAGAAUGCGAAGAGGUCGCCCGGCUCAUGCGCCGGAGAAUAUCAUCUAUCAUUUCCGCCAGCUUUUGCAGCCAGCAGAGCGUAACAGGCUCUACGGCGAAGGCCAGGGCAUGCUGGGAGCGCCGCCUGCACCACCGCCAGCCCCUGUGGCCGGCCCUCUGCGCAAUGCGCAGCGCCGCGGCCUUGGGCGCCCCGCGGCCGCGGGUGCCCGUCGGGCCGUGGCGGGCCGUGCGUGGGUCUACGCCGAGGACUACAUGCGCCAUCAGAAGGGGGACGUCGUCGACGAGCUCCCAGCGGGCGCGACAGUUCUUGGCGAGAGGGCGGUUGUCCCGACUCCUGAGGGAGGAGCAGUCCUCUUGCAGAUGAUCGUCCACAGCGCGAUGGACGAGUACAAGAUGGAUGAUCUCAGAGCGUUGCAAUUAAAGUUCGAUGCCAUGGGCCGCCGCAAGAGGCCCUUCCACGAUGGGGCGGCCAACUUCGUCCCCGAUGAAGCUGAGGGGGGCCUGGGCCUCGAGGGUCCUGGCACAGCGGCCUGGAGAUGCCAGACCUACGUCGACCGCUCCCAGACGCCAGUCUCGCAGCACGCUUCUUGGCGAACCACCUCAGGAGUCUCGAGUGGCGAUCGGAGCGUCUUCGAGCAUGAGGUGCUCUCGGAGGUGUUGGAGAGUGUGAUCCGCACUGAUCAACUCCAGGUGGCUAAGGAGCAGCGCAAGGCACGAGAGGAGCGCCGCCUCGGCCGACAGUCCGGCAAAGGCGGAGGCAAGAAGGAGAAGGACCAAUAG